CUAACCGCCAAACCCAGGACACGACGCCGUAUAAGUGAUCCUCUACCCUCGCAUAACGGUAAAGAUGAACGAAGAAACCAAAGCGCGCCAACGGAGCCACCUAACGACAAGAGCCACCUCCAAAUCAGCGGGGCUUCCGAUUUGCUAUAAAUACUUGAUCACAGUUUCCGGUGCUAAUGGAUAGCCUUUCCCCAUGGAGUCGUCUUCCACUUCUUCUCGGUUUCGCUUCAGAGACCUCCCGGAAAUGGAGAACUCCACGCAGUCCGACACGGCCUCCGACGCGUCCUCCGUCGUCUCCAGUGACCGCGAUGACGACUCCGACCUUCAAUCCAUGACCGCAAGGGGUAUUAAGCAUCUCUGUUCGGAACUCCUGGAGCUGAAGGCUGCAUCCAAUGGAGAUUUUCACAGGCACAUCUUUGCUAAUUAUUCGUCUUUUAUAAGAGUCUUUGAAGAAGUAGGGCGCGUGGAAAGGGAGCUGCUGCAACUGAGAAACCAUGUUUCGACCCAAAAGAGGCUUGUGAAUGACCUUGUAGAUGGCAUAUAUUCAAAGGUUUUAUCAAAGGAGAGUAUGGACUCGGUUAUUGAAGAAUCAGAAUGGGAUGAACCUCUUCUGAUCAGUGAGUUAGAGGCUCACGCAAAUGAUGUUUUAGAAACGUUGGACAUUCUCUUGUCUGAGAACAGGAUCGAUGAAGCGCUGGCUAUCUUAGAAUUGGAGGAUGAGAAUUUCCAAAGGAUGCAGUUUGAAGAGGAUUGUCCGUUGGACGAGUUAAGACUAUUUGACUCUGCAAUUUCUGAGAGGAAGGGCUUGCUUACACAACAGUUGACAAUGUUGGCUGAAAAUCCAAGAAUAUCUGCAGCCGAACUUCAGAAAGCACUGGUGGGGCUUUGCAGACUAGGUGAUAGUCAUCUUGCAACUAAUUUAUUGCUCAAAUAUUACCAUUCACGCAUUGCUUCUGGUAUACAUAAAUUGAAGGCUUCGAAAUCGUUGUUGGAUAGGGUAUACAUCAGGGAACUCUCAAAGUUCGUGUUUUCUAAGAUUUCUCAAGCAGCAAGAAGUUUUGUGAUGUUAUAUGGAGAAACUUCUCCUUAUGCACCAGAAGUUGUUAAGUGGACUCGUCAAGAAACUAAAGUGUUUGCUGCUUGUUUUGAUGAAUAUGUUAAGUCCAUCUCAGAAAUAAGUGGUGGAUUGUCCACAGCAGUAGAAGCUAUGCAGUUUGCAAUUUCAUUUUGUUGUUUGCUGGAAACUCAGAGACUAGUGUUGCAGCCAUAUUUGAUCAAGCAUAUUCGCCCUUGCAUGGAAGAUGUUCUAAAUAUACACCUGGACCAUUUUACAAAAGUUAUUGGCAUCUUUACAGCGACUGAUACAUGGGUUUUGGGUAGAUAUCUUGUAUCUGGAAUUAUUAAUGAAUGGUGCUCUUCCAUGGUUGUUGGGCAACAACCAGAAUAUUGCUUGCUCACUAACAGCGGCCGGAAGUUUGUGACACUGCUGCAGGCUAUCACUGUAGAUGUCAGCCCAUUACUUGCCCUUGAAAUUGAAGGAUCAAUUCUUAGUGGACUUAUGAACCUCUUUAAAAAGUAUAUAGACAUCCUUGAAAGAGCCAUCAACUGUGAAACAACUGUUACAGAAAAAUCCAGUUCAAGAAUCAAUUUGGCCGAGUCAGUGCAACAACAGGUUUCUAUUCUAGCCAAUCUAUCAUCACUUGAGCAACUUUUCUCCAACAUGGUCAGGAGUAUUUUCAAGGGUGCUAGUGACACCAAUUCUGAAUUAAGAAAAAGCCACCCUGGUGGUUAUCAACAGAAGGAAAUUGACAGUUGUAUAUUUUUCAUUCAAGAAGCCUCUCUUGGGCUCAGAUCUCUAUUCUGUGAGCAAUUCAUAAAUAAAGUAAUGUCCCUCAAAACUAGCUACAAACUUCCAGAAAUCUGCAUUGACGGCCAGGGUGAGUCUUGCAUAUUUGAUGGAGGAAUGCCCUCCCUUACCUUUCAGGUACUGUUUCUAGAACUGAGGAAACUAGAAAAGCUUUCUGAGGACAAUGUUUUUGAAGUUGAUUGGUUAAUAGAGCUAUUAGGGGAGAUUAUAGAGGCUGUUUUUGUUUGGAUUUCAAAUAACAAAGAGUUCAGGGAUAUUAAUAAGGAGAAUAUGACAGAAGAUCAUCCUCUCGCUUUCAAGCAGCAGUUUAUUUUGGAUGUGCAAUUUCUAGUGGAAAUCACAAGGUACGGAGGUUACUUCUCCAGCAACCCUUUGUUUCUCAUGAAUCUGAUGAAAUCAGCCUUUGUUUCAGCUGGACUAGAUCCUAGAAGAGAUGUCAACGAUGAUGCAUGGGCUAUAGAUUCUGCUGCUGAAACGAUCCAAAAGUUGCUGGAGAUUGAGAAGGAACAAGAGCAUGUGAGUGAAGAAGAAGCAGAGGAACAACCCAAUAAUGAAGCUGACUCUUUUCAGGAUGAUGCUAAUUCUUCAGAGGAAGAUGCAGUAGCCACAGACAAGCCAGAAGUUGCCUGUAAUGCUGAAUCCAUAUCCUUGAACACAGAAGAAUGUACUGACCAACCAAAGAAUGAGACCGGCUUUUUUCAGGCAGAUGCUAGUAGCUGUCUAGAGGGUUCUGCGGAACCAGAGGAGCAUAAAGUAGCCUCAUAUGACCCAGAAGUUUCCUUUAAUGCUGAAUCAGCAUCAAUGAAUACAGCUCACUCUUUUCAGGAAGAUGAUACAAGUUCUUUAGAGGAUUAUGUGGAACUAGAGGAGGGUGCAGUAGUCUCAUAUGAUCAAGAAGUUGACUUCAAUGCUGAAACAACGUCGUCGUUGGAAGCUGAACCAAGCGAAUCAAAGUAUGCUACUGACACUUCCGAGAAUGAUGCUGCAAGUCCUUCAGAGGAUCAUAUGCAAUUAGAGGAGGAUGAGACAGCCAGAUACAAUCCACAAGUUAAUGCAGAAACAGUAUCACUGAAUACAGAAUCUUGUGCUCCGGGAUUAUCUGCCAAUUUUCCAGAUGUGGAUGGAAAUUCCACCUACAGAAGUACCACAAAUGUGACAGAUACCUCCUUAGAGUCUCAAGAUUCUGGUUUGGAAAGUGUGUCUAACAAGCCAGUUGAUGUGUUAGAGAUCAUUGAAGAAAUAAAUGUACCAACUGCAGUGUUGCCUAUACAUAACACGGAUCAGGCCUCCGAGAUGAAGGUCCCCGAUGAGGAGGGGAGUCACAUUCAAUCUGAAGCCUCCGAGUUGGUGAUGAACAAUCCAUGAGAUGGAGUCACUAUUGAUUUGUCAAGGCCUGGAGAUACUCCUGAGAAAGACUUGGUUACAUUGCAAUACCAAAAUAACACAGAAAAGAGGACUGCUUCAGUUCUAAUGGUAUAUACUGUGACACCGGACGACCUGUAGAAUUCAGUACUUUUGGUUGUUGCCAAAAUUCCUUGCGACCCAAGUUGCUCAAUAAAGUCAAUAUAUUGACGUG